AUGGCGGCGUCGCGGCAGACCUCAAGCCGCAGCGUUCCGCGCAUGGAGCCUAGCGGCUCGGCCGAAUCGUCUGUCGCCACCCGGACACCAGUGCCCACCUUGUCGUCCCCGUCCCCGGAGCUGCCUGUCUCGCCGGGGCAGGUGGCCCAGCUAUCGGGCAAAAACCUGUGGGAGCAGAUCUGCGAGGAGUACCAAGCUGAGCUGCCUCCCUUUCCAAAAGGAUAUGAAGUCAAACAAGAGCCUGAAAUUACUGUUUCCCACGGAUUCAACAUAGAGCACUAUUUCCCACCCCUGCCUUUCACCAGGGUCUCACAUAUACCCUGUCCUCUAAAGAUCUCAGAAACUGUUGAUCCAAAAACAUGUUCCCCCAGAAAAUAUUUGGAAACCUACAUCUUUCCAAUCCUGCUUCCUGGGAUGACUAGCCUCCUUCACCAGGCAAAGAAGGAAAAGUGUUUGGAGAGGAAAAGAACCAAAUUCAUUGCCUGUGAUUUUCUUACUGAGUGGUUGUACAACCAAAAUCCAAAGAGGACAGGGGAACCGUUCACAGAAUUCUUCUCUAUUCCAUUUGUGGAUGAAUGGCUAAAAGAUCAGUUCGCUGUGAUCCUGAGAUUCAAGAACUGCGUACCUGGCAGAAGAAGCUACGGGAGGACAAGAACAUUCGCCAUCGAGUGA